GGAUUGGGGUACUGGAGUCAACACUGCCAGAGAUCUACUUUUACCUCGAGCCGAUUAAGUACACAUGUCAUACUUGUACUUCCGGUUAUCUGCUGAUAAAGCUAGGUUAAAAAAUGGCAGAUGUAAACAAGCUGGUGUUCUCCAUUGUCAAAUUUCUAAAGGAUCAAACAACACAAGAAAGUUUAUCGGAAGAUGCUAUUGAGAGUUUAGAGGUUGCUAUUCAAUGUUUGGAGUCGGCAUACAGUAUCGACACUCAAGAUGAGUCACAUAUUGCUAAGUACCAGGUUCAAAGAAAUCUGCUAGAUAUUUUCAAUUCACAGAUUAGUUCCGAGCCUGAAUCAGAUUUUUCAACUUUGUCACUACAUGAACCUACUCCUGAGGAAAAAGAGAAAGCUGAGAAGUUAAAGAAUGAAGGAAACAAUUUCAUGAAAGAGGAGAAGUUUUCUGAUGCAUUAGAGUGCUAUUCACAGGCUGUAAAGUUGGACAACAAGAACUCUGUAUAUUAUUGUAAUAGGGCAGCAGCUUACAGCAAGCUGAAUAAACAUGUACAAGCCAUUGAAGAUUGUGAACGAGCCUUAAACAUAGACCCUCAAUAUUCCAAAGCUUACGGUAGAAUGGGUAUAGCCUACACUGCAUUGACGGACCAUGAGAGUGCCAGAGAGUGUUACAGGAAAGCAUUAGAGCUUGAUCCUACCAACCAGUCCUAUCAGAAUAACCUGGAAAUAGCCGAACAAAAGUUAAAAGAGGCAGCAAUGCAGGCUGGAUUUAACAUGGGACCUAUGGGAAUGGGAAACAUGGACUUUUCACAAAUGCUAAAUAAUCCUGCCCUCAUGAAUAUGGCCCAGUCAAUGAUGCAGAACCCUAACAUGCAGCAAAUGAUGGCCAACUUCAUGUCAUCGAUGUCAGGGGGUGGUGCCACACCAGAAGGGGGCCCUCCAGGGGGAAUGAAUAAUAUUCUAGAAAUAGGCCAGCAGUUAGCUCAGCAGAUGGAACAAACUAACCCGGAGUUGGUGACUCAGCUUCGCACACAGUUUGGUCGAGGGGGUCCCCCAAACUCAGAGGGAGGAGACCCAAGUCAACAAAAUGGUGACCAAAGCCAACCUCCAAAAUGAUGAAAAACUAAGACUUAGACUUCACAAUGAACUAUUGAACAUUAGAAUAAGAAAGAGAAGAAAAAAGGACUUGGAAGUUUAAAUACUGUGUAAUUAAAGUCCGACACAACUACAAGUAACUUUUAAACAUUAUUUUUGAAUUGAAAUUGUAAAAAAACUGAAGCUUCUAUACUUUGAAGGUUUAUUAAAAUAAAAAUGUUCAUGUUGUCAAAAUAUAUUUUCACCACUGAUGAUUGUAAUUGACAGAAUUUCAAUGUUCCAUAUUUUCAUGGCUGAUACCAUGGAUAUAUGGUAUCUAGAUUUGAUUUUUCAAGACACAUUGUGCACAGUUAUGAAAGAUCUGAAGUUAAUUUUUAAAAUACAUAUACUAAUUUAUUAUUUUGUGAGCAGGUUCAUUUAUCAUGUUUUUUCUUCAUGAAAUUCUCUCAUUUGCAAAAAAAAAUGAUAUUUUCUUCAGUACUGGUUUAAUUUUAAUUAUAAUGUAUGCUUCACAUACAUUUAUGAGAUGUAGAUAAUUUAAUUGAGCAUUCUGACAACUUGUGACUCAUGAUAUUGUUCUGUAUUACAUAAUUAUGAAUUAUAAUUAUGAAGCAAAUAAGGUGCUUUUUGCUUAUAGUAGUACUUGAAUGUUCAAGAACAUAUGGUAUUGGUAGCUAGGGGAAAAAAAGAAAAUUGUGUAAGGAGCCAGUACUCAUCUUUUUUUUUUCAAGCAUUUAAAAACAUCGUACAGUAAUGUAUUACUAUAAAAGAGAAGAUGACUCUUCUGGUGGCAACAUUAAGCCAUAAAUAUUUAAUAUGAAAAUUUGUGUUGUGUUCCCACAAAAGAACUAUUGGAAGACGCGAGAAUUAUGGAUCAGUUAGCUGCGUUAGAUUUGGUGUUGGUUUUUCUGCCAGUUUAUGUUGUAUUAAAGUUAUUCAAAUACAUGUACGACCCUCGAAUCCAUCCAUGUUGUCCAUAAAAAUCAACAUUUCCUUUUAUAAAAACAUGUUUCAACACAUUUUUGUACCAGUGAUGUUUAAACAUGUGCUGUGUAACUGUCAAAAGAGAUAUUACUGAUGUAAACAUUUGUGUAUCAUUUUGAAAUAUAAAAACCUUAAUAUAUGAC